UAUAUAAGCCGAGGAGAGAGGGCCAAGUGGCCAGAGGCGGAAAUUCUCGAAUACCACUUGUGAUUCCUUUCUAGUGGUUUAGUUGGAGCGGGUCUCGCUAAGGAUCAACAUGUCGACACUUUCAGCUGCUGGGCUGUUGGUGAUAGCAAUAUGCUCAAUACAAUCAAGUUCUGCUAAAGAUGGGUUCAUCUUCACCGUGCCACAACUGCUCCGCACUGGCACAAACUCGGAGUUCUGCCUCACAAUACACUCAGAUGAACCCCAACAGAGAGCGGUGAAUACCAGCCUCAUCUCCUCAGACGAUGGAUCUACGAAAGUCAGGGUGGAAGUUAUGUAUUCACCUGGCGUCCAAAAGUGUACCAGCUUCAGGGUGCCAGAACAAGGAGAGUACGAACUGCUGCUCUCCAACGAGACUGACAUUCUUCACGACUCCGUGGAGGUGAGCGUCCUGGAAGACAAACCCAUCACCCUGGUGCAGACUGACAAACCCAUGUACAAGCCAGGCCAGAAAGUGAAAUUCCGUAUAAUGACACUCUUAAAAGAUCUGACUCCAAGAAUCGGCAAGAUCAACUCCAUCUUCAUCACCGACCCCAACCAGAUUCGAGUAAAACAAUUUGUGAAUGUUGACACGAAAGGGUUGGCAAGUCUGGAGUUCCAGCUGUCAUCAGAGGCCAAACUUGGAAUUUGGAAGAUCGACGUCACCAUGAUGGAUAAAGGAGAGAACAACGCAGUCCCUGUUCCUACCACGUUCGAAGUGAAGGAAUACGUACUUCCCCGAUUUGAAGUGGAAGUGAACCCUCCCCCAUUCUUGUUGGCCAACACGGAGAUCAUUGAAGGCAGUGUCUGUGCCAAAUACACAUAUGGAAAGAUGGUCCAAGGUUUUCUGGAUCUAAAGAUUUGCUGGGGUUACUCGUAUGGACCUAACAUCGGGCACUGCACACACAAACGAGUUGAGCUCUCCGGCUGCUACAAUUUCACAGCCAACAUGACCGAGUUUGUACAAGACAGCACGUUCAUGUACUACGGCACGACGCUGCAGCUGUAUGCCUCUGUGACUGAGAGAGGCACAGGUGUGGUGGUGGGCAAGAACCACAGUGGACCGGGCCUGACUAGAGAGCCACUCAAGAUCGAGAUUGAUGACUACACAAAUGGCUUCUUCAAGCCUAGGCUCCCUUAUGUUGGCAAAGUCACCGUGAAGCGCCCGGAUGGUAGCCCCGCUGCGGGAGAGCUAAUUCGUAUCUCGGCCAAAGACUACAGCAACAGUCUCCUGUAUUCUGGGAACUUCACCUCAGAUUCGGCUGGCGUCAUCGCCUACUCUCUAUGUGGCAGUUUCACUGAGAACACCACCACCAUAUCUGUUACUGCCGAGGCAAUCCUGUACAGCUACUCGGAACCCUGGCAACCUGGCAGUCUCAACACCCCUCGGGGCUACAGGGAGGUCCGACAGUGGUUCUCGCCCUCCCUCAGUUACAUCCAGAUCCCUCGCUCUGACCUCAGUCUCAAGUGUGGAGACCGCUUCACUCACGGCAUCCCGUUCACUACCAGAGCUGGUCGCGAUGUCAAGUUUACUUACCAGGUGAUGUCUAGAGGCCAAAUCGUGAAGACAGGUCACGUAAACUACGACACGGUGACUGGCUUCCUAGGACACGAAAUGGGCACACCCUCUGAGAACAUGUGCUUGGAAUGGGAAGAACAGCCUACUGUCCCUCCCCCACCAACAAUGCCGUACGAGAUUCCUCCCAAUGUGGACGCCGCUGUCGAUGAAACCUCCAUGGGAGAAGGAGGGGAGGCAGAAGAAGAGGAGGAGAUUGACAUCGAUGAGGUCAUUGCGCCUCCAACGCCACCAGAAAUCGAGCUGAUUCCGCCCACGGAGUUCCAAGAGCCAAUCGUGCGGCCAGAGCUGCUGUCGGAUACAGUGUCUACAGUCCUCCUGGAUAUGGCCAUAACCACAGAAAUGGCGCCUCGCUUUACAUUGCUUGUAUACCACAUCAUGGAUGACGGGGAGGUGGUUGCUGACAGCAUGGAGUUCCAAGUGGAGCCCUGCUUCGCCAACGAUGUAAAAAUGGCGUUCAACAGAAGCACCGCCUUGCCUGGGGAGAAAGUCGGAGUUCAACUCAAGGCAGAGCCUGGAUCUGUGUGUGGUGUUGGCGUGGUUGACAAAAGCGUUAACAUUCUGGGUGGCAAUCAUCAAGUCACCACUGAAACUGUCUUCAAACGAAUCGAAGAACUGGCCACACCAGUGUAUAGAGGUUUUCCCAUGGCUUUCACCAGAGACAAUGACUAUUGCGAGAAAAGGAUCAACAGCUUAAUAGAUGAAGACUCCUCCGAGACUGUGGAAAGGUACUGGCACUACAGCUCUCCUUACGUUGAUGCCCUACAAGCGUUCCAGUCUGGUGGAUUUAUUGUGAUCACGAACUUGAAUCUUGAAACAAGACCUUGUGGAAGAGAACAUCAAAUCUAUUACUAUGCCUGGUCUGGCCGGUCAGGGAUGACUCCUGAAGGUGGAGCUAUACCAGCCGCUGUGCCUUUGAACGAGAUAUCACCUAACGGCGCAAAGAGCCCGAAGGCUCCCCGCACCAAUUUCCCAGAAACAUGGCUCUGGGACCUUGUACUGGUGGGAGAGAAUGGAGCGUCCAGCACAACCCACACAGCCCCGGACACCAUCACAAGCUGGGUGGGCAAUGCCAUGUGUGUGGAGAAGACAAAAGGCUUCGGCGUCUCUCCUUUAACCUCCAUCACCACCUUCCAGCCCUUCUUCCUCUCCCUAAAGCUGCCCUACGCUGCUGUCCGCGGAGAGCGACUGCCCAUCAUCCUUACAGUAUACAACUACUUGGACAAAUGCUUGCAUAUUCAGCUCACUCUGGACGCUGGGGAGGGAUUUGACGUCCACAACAUCCGAAGACAGAGAAAACCCGUGUGUUUGUGCGGAGGGAAGUCACACUCCAUCACUUUCUUCGCUACGCCGAAAGACAUCGGCUCCCUGCCUUUAAUGGCUAAGGCUGAAGUUAUUCCAGGUCUGUGCAGCAAUGCCAUUGACAUGGACACUGGCUACGAAGGGUACACGGACGCAGUCAAGAGAGUCAUGCUUGUUAAGGCUGAAGGCGUUACUCAGGAAUACACUAGUACUCACUACAUGUGUGCUAAAGCGGACAAGCCAGAAAUGCAAGAAGUGAUUCUCCCUCUGCCGGAGGAUAUGGUCAAAGAUUCCGCCCGAGGAGAAGUUCGAGUGAUUGGCGAUAUUAUGGGCCCUGCUUUGACCAACCUUGACAGCCUGGUGCGCAUGCCCACUGGCUGUGGUGAGCAGAACAUGGUUGGUUUCGUGCCAAACAUCCUUGUGCUGAAGUACUUGAAGAAGAGCGGUAGACUUACUGAGGAGAUCCACGACAAGGCAAUCGAACACAUGGAAGUUGGCUACCAAAGAGAGCUCAACUACAGACACGGGGAUGGCUCCUUCAGUGCCUUCGGUGUAAAAGACGAGCGAGGCAGUGUGUGGCUCACUGCCUUUGUUGUCAAGUCAUUUGCGCAGGCGCAAGAAUAUAUUUACAUUGACGACGCAGACUUGGCUCUGAGCAUCAACUUCCUUCGCCGGAGUCAGCUUGAGACUGGAUGUUUCCGAGAAACUGGUGCUGUCUUCAGCUCUUACAUGAUGGGUGGUCUUGGCAAGGGCAAGAAAAAGGAAUCUUUUGCCUCGCUUACCGCCUAUGUACUGGUGGCUUUGUUGAAAGCCAAUGUUAAAGCAGAUGAUCGUAUCAUUGUGGAUGGUAUGAAAUGCAUGAACAGAGAAUUCAAAACUCAGAAAGGAAGGAUGGAUCCCUACACGCUGUCUUUGGUUGCUUACGCUAACAUUCUACACAUGCCUUACGGUCGUAUGUCCAGGGAGGUCGUGAAAAUAUUGGACGCCAAGGCGAAGCAAGACGGCUCCUUCCGAUACUGGGCCAGAGACAGCCAGAAGCCAAAGUCCGUCAACACCUGGUACUACUACGCCGCUCCGUCAGCGGAGGUAGAGAUGACGUCAUACGCUCUUCUGGCAUAUCUCAACUUCUACGGCAACAACGCCGUGGCACAGACUCAUGAUAUUGCUAUGUGGAUCUCACAGCAGAGAAAUCCACAUGGAGGUUUCUCCUCGACGCAGGACACUGUUAUUGGCCUGAACGCUUUAUCUGAGUUCGCUGAGCUGGCAUAUGACGCCACUCCCAAAGAUGUGCGCGUGCUUGUUGACGGCACCGACUUAGGAAGCACCAUGAGCGUGUCUGAGAGACUGAACAACACGCUACUCCUGCAGACUGAGCCCAUCGCUACACUCCCCAACAAGCUCCAGAUCAAGGUCAAGGGUGUAGGCUGUGCUUUGGUGCAGGCCAAUGUCCGCUAUAACAAGCUGCCUUUCACCCUUGGUGGCGAAACCAAACCUAGCUUCCACUUAAAGGUCAUCACCCGGCUCUAUUCCCGUGACAUCGACCGCUGUGAUCGACGGACCAUAGUGAUUUCUGUUGGUGCCCGAGGAUCACAGAAAUUCAACACCGGCAUGACUAUUGUUACUGUGAAAAUGGUGACUGGUUGGACUCCAGUCAAAGAUUCUUUUAUCUAUCUCCAGGAAAUGUUCCCAGCUCUUGGCAUGAAGAGAUACGAGAACAACGAAGAGGAAGGCACGCUGUCCUUUUACUUCGAAGAGCUCAGCAGAAGGCCCAAACAGUUUUCCUUUGAUGUGGAGCAGGAUCAAGCUUUGAAAGUCAGUAGUCCAAAGCCAGCUGACGUCAGGGUAUAUCAGUACUAUGAAACAGAUGUGUCGGUGACCAGGCCGUACCGACUGAAGACCAUCUGCGGCACAAAGGAAAUGAUUCCGAGAAGAAGAAACCCCGCACCUAUCCCAGGACAAGCGUUCCCUGUCCAGCGUCGAAUUGAUCUGAAUAGAGGAAAUCUUGGCGCAACGGCCAGAGAGUCAAACUGCCCCUUGUGUCCACUGAUCAAGAUUGUUCCCAAGGAUCUGAAGAGCUUAGUCUGCAACUCAUCUGCAAGCAAAAGAGUGGUUAUCUUCGUCCAGGAGAAAAUUACCAGAAAGGUUCUUAAAAUGGACGACUCCACAUCCAUUUUCUUGGCGAGCAAGAAACUGGAGAAAGAAAUUAGAAAACAGAGGAAAUCGUGCCCCCCUCAAGAAUAGAAAUAACACAGAACUGCUAAACUGUAUCAUAUAUCGAAGGAGAGUAUCCUUGGUUAUUUUCUGUUUGAGGGAGAAAGUGUAUCCCUGAAGGAAAGAAAGAUGGCACGCAAUAAAGUUCAAGAAACACAUUUCCCCUGCUUUUUUCAGCAUUCCACAUGAUUAUUUUUUAUUACAAGAAUAACAACGAACUAGAGAUUCCGGAAUAGAAAAGUGGCUGACAUUUAUUUUCAAACAAUUGAUGACCUGUUCUUUAACGUUCUAUUAAAAUUAAACUUGUGUGUAAUGAAAUAACUACACUCGAUUAUUCUCCCAGUAAUAUCUCCACCGUUCGAUUACAACGUGCCCUAUUACGUUUAAUACAACUCUGUAUUAAGCGUCGAAAUUGUCAUGUUAGUUUUUGUUGCCUAAGUUUUUUUCUUGUUCAGUUUUCAGAGACUAAAAUAAUUGAUGAAGAAAAACAAUGUUUCAAAAAUCUGUUUGAAUUGGAAUAAAGAAUGUACAGAACUGUUGGCUGUACUUUUGUUCUUUUGUGAUUAAGAAUCGCACAAUAUAAAACAGUUGCAUCAAGUUAUCAAUUUGACAAACGUUUUGUUCUUGUAUUUUGAAAGAAAAAUAGCAAAAUACUUGAAUUGUUUUAUACCCAACAGGAAAUUUCUUUGCAAGUAAAAUAAUUGUGUAGUAACUGUUGGUGUCAGUGUCCUUUCGGCACAAGUAAUGUUACGUGUCCCUUUUACAUAUAUUCCUUUUACUUUUUUAAAUACCUUAAACACAUUUGGGCCCUUCCCAGAAACAAGACAUUUAUACUAAAGUUGCAUUCACAUGAUAAACACGACAAACAGCAGACCAUCGUCUAUGAACUUUUCGCCUAAGGAAAGUUAAUGACCACAUUUUUUUCAUCAGUGUCUGGAAAUAAUUUAAUAUCUCAGAAAGUCUUUUACCGUACAUUACAGUUUACUGAAGAUUUCUGCCCUAUCUUCUCAUAUUUGUUUUAUUAAUUCUCAUUACCGGAUUAAUUUCUAUUUUAGUUCUAUGAAAAGGUAAGUAAAUUGGCUUUUGUUAAAAUAUUGUGACUACUUUGUGAAAAUACGAAGAAAUUCCAUUUUCAGCGUCAUAAUAAACUUCUUGGUUUAGAACUUUACCUAUUUGCUCUUACAACAUGUUCAAGUAAUGUCUGUAACUCUCACAAUAAAGAUUCUUUCUCUCGUAUAUGAAAACUGUA